AUGGAUGCAUUCGUAAUAUGGACAAACAUAUCCGUGUGGUACGUGACUUAUUAUUUUUUAAACCACACGGGGGUGAAACACAUUCCGUUGAAUACGCACUGGACUACCAGCCCUUGCCAGGGGACCCUCUGGAUCACCGGAAAGGACUUACCGUACGGCGACUACUUUACGGCGAUUAAGUCUAGUUGGGAGCACCGGGAGGACAGCAACUGUACUCUCAUUACCUAUGAGGAGAUGUUAGCGAAUCCGAGGGACAGUAUUGUGAGAAUCGCCUCAUUCUUGGGCACCAAAUAUGUGCACCGACUGUAUGGCCAGUGCGAUGAUGGUGGGCACGGCACCGGUAGUAGCAGUGAUGACUUCCUAUUGGAUCGCAUUAUUCGAGAGACCAGUUUUAAGGCCAUGAAAAGUAAUCAUGAGUUAAAGAAUCACUUCCGGAAAGGUAUUGCCGGCGACUGGAGGGCUGUUAUGACGAGAGAUGAGAGCGAUUUGAUUGAUGAGAGGGUUAGGGAUGAGUGGAUGGGAACGGGAUUAGAGUCACUGUGGGAACGGGAGAUGAAGUGGUGA